GCACUUGUUCAUCAUCAUGGCAUCCUUCCUCCGUCGCUUCACCACUGCGGCUUCAGCAGCAAAAACACCAAUGGCUAACGUAUUUUUCGACAUUGCUAUCGACUCGAAGCCAACGGGACGCGUAGUGUUCAAGUUGUUUGACGAAACCGUGCCAAAGACUGCCCGCAACUUCCGUGAGCUGGCAACCGGGCAGCAUGGGUUCGGCUAUGCUGGCAGCACAUUCCACCGAAUCAUCCCUAACUUCAUGCUGCAAGGGGGCGAUUUCACGCGGCACAACGGCACGGGCGGGAAGUCUAUCUAUGGCGAAAAGUUUGCUGAUGAGAACUUCACACUGCAACAUACCAAGCCUGGGUUGCUCUCCAUGGCUAACGCGGGCGCUAACACGAAUGGCUCCCAGUUCUUCAUCACGACGGUGGUCACAAGCUGGCUUGAUGGUAGACACGUCGUGUUCGGUGAGGUCGUCGAGGGGAUGGACGUGGUCAAAAAGGUCGAAGCGGUUGGGACCGAUUCUGGCCGUCCAAAGGCUCAGGUCACGAUCACUUCGUCUGGUACUGUUUAGCUUGACUCUAUGCGGCUUCGUCUCUGUGCGUCGUGCUAUUGACAGUGUUCGCGCCUUUUAUUCUUGUUUCGGGCAUCACGUCACGCGCAUGCACUAU